GUCAAGGUGACUGAGGGAGAGGUCAGGAGAGGUGGGAAGAGCUGGUGAAGGCGUGGUGGAGAGAAGGAGGCCGAGCCAACACAGAGGACGGGAAAGAGGGGAAACGUUCUGAGAUCGGUGCCUGGUGAGCUCUGUCGUGCCCCCUCCAUGCAGUUUCCCAUGGGCCCCGCCUGCAUCUUCUUAAGAAAAGGCAUCGCUGAGAAACAGCGGGAAAGACCGCUGGGACCAGAUGAGAUUGAAGAGCUCCGGGAAGCAUUUCUUGAGUUUGACAAGGACCGAGAUGGGUUCAUCUCUUGUAAGGAUUUGGGGAAUCUAAUGAGGACGAUGGGUUACAUGCCCACGGAGAUGGAACUGAUUGAACUGGGCCAGCAAAUCCGCAUGAACUUGGGCGGCCGCGUGGACUUCGACGACUUUGUGGAACUCAUGACCCCCAAACUUCUGGCAGAGACGGCUGGGAUGAUCGGUGUCCAGGAGAUGCGAGACGCCUUCAAGGAGUUUGACGCCAACGGAGACGGGGAGAUCACGCUGGGGGAGCUGCAGCAGGCCAUGCAGAGGCUCCUGGGAGACAAGCUCACUUCCCAGGAGAUCUCCGAGGUGGUCCAGGAGGCUGAUGUUAACGGAGAUGGCACUGUUGACUUUGAAGAGUUUGUGAAGAUGAUGUCUCGCUGAGGAGGUUCUGGAAUCCCGGUCACUCUCUAUCUGAAUCUUAAAUCCUCAUGACCUGCCAGUCUCUUCCCCAGCUUCCUCCGGGUCAAAAUAGUCUUUUCUCCUGUUAGACUCCAAGGAUUCAGCACAGCAUCCACCCUUCCCCUCUUCCUGCUUCAAAUUCCCCUCAGCUUCCAUCUCUCAGCAGAAGGAGGUGUGCCAAUCAGACAGCUGGAGACGGGGUUUUUGAUAAGACUGGGUUUGGAGGUGAUGAAUCAAAGAAGCAUCUGGGACUUCCCGUUGUGGCUUAGUGGGUUAUGAACCUGACUGGUAUCC